AUGACAAACGAAUUCCACCAAAUAUCGUUCCCGCCUAGUGUUUUAGACAGGUUGGCCCCAGAUAUUUCAUUACAAAGACACCUAAACCUAGGAUUAAGGCCUUGUUUGAGAAAUUUCAAUGAGUUCAAACCAUUAGACGUUUCUACCGGAAAUCUUCAAGAACUUGAAGGAAAUUCUACAGUGGGAUCAUCAAUAGUAAAGAAUGGCAAUACCACUGUCAUUUGUGGAAUAACCUUAGGUGUUAUUGAAACACCAAAAAGCUCAAUCUUCGAAUCUACCGAUUCUGAGGCGUCAUACACAUCCGUAUACCCAGUGGUAGAAAUAUCGAGAGGAAGGUCUGGAGCACCUACAGAUGAAGAGAUGAUCUUAUCACAGAAGUUAUACGAGACCAUAUUGCAUUCAAAAAUAAUAACCACAAAAUCAUUGGAAGCGAACCCAGGAAUGGCGAUUGCUAAUGAUGAUGGGAAUUUAGAGAUAAUAUACCCUGGUUCAGAAGAAACCAGCGAGAUUUUCAACAAUAUAAAAUGUUACUCGUUUGUAUUAUAUGCUCAUUUGAAGGUAUUUUCAAGAUCAGGACCAUUAUUUGAUGUAUGCCAUACAUCGUUGAUUAAUGCAUUGAAGAAUACUAAACUACCAAAGGUUUACGUACAAGACUCAUUCAAUAAUAUAAAAGUGCCUAUUAGAUCAAGAGGAAACUUCGGUCAUUUAAGUAAAUCAAAUGAUGUCUUAAUCGAUGGAAAUGAAUCAUUGAUGUAUGACUUACCUCUAAACCACGACCAAAUUGGAUUUGCAUCUAGUUUUGGUAUCAUAGAAUUAGAAUCUAAUUCGACGAACAAUAUGGAUGUUGACUCCAAGUCAGUUAUAUUGGCGGACUUGGAAGGUGAUUCUGAAGAGUCUGAAUGUCUUUCAAAAGCCAAUAUAAUAAUUAACAAGGACAAUUCACAUAUGAAGCAUGUGAGUAUCAUUGGGGGUGGUGCAAAUGUUAAUAUUGAAACCAUAAAAAAAUGUAUUCAAAUUGCUAAAUUAAGGUCAAUGAAUGUAUGA